AUGUCUCGCAAACUGUACGAUCCUCCUUUCCACUACAGCCCACGACGGCCCUACCUAGCGCGAUACCCGUCGCCCUCGGCGCUUGAGAUCGAGGCAUAUCUAGCGUCGUUCUCACACGUGCACGACCGCGCAUCCUCACCGACCAUGAGCCCCCCAUCGAGCGGCCGACACCGGGAGGAGGAUCAUGAGGCCAGGGAACGCGGGGUCUGGCGACGGGAAGCAAGCGGAGGCGAGACGGAGCACGUCUCGCAAACCGUAGGAAACCUUUCGCUCGUCCGCCAGGCCCCGCGGGACCCCAAGGCUCUUGUCCGCUCUCGCCAGUAUCGCCUCAUUCAAAUCAGGCUGUUGCUAGUCCAAGUCCAUGACCAGCUCAAAAUUGCACACGAGGUCUACAACACAGCGUUCGAGAAGUUCCUGAAACAGGUGGCGGAAACCAGCAAAUCUGCCAGCCCAGCGACACAGGAUAACAUCUGGGUCGACAUGCUGUCGACGGAUGCAGAGAAGGGCAAGAAGGAGGCGACCAAGAAAAGGCUGCCGCCACCGAUUGACUUUGAUACGGUUAUGGCGCAGGUGGAGACAUGCUUGCAAUCACUCGAAGGCGCUCAAAUGAAGUACUCGCCGCUAGCUUCCGGUUUUGACGACACAUGCCCAGACGCCGAGGGCCACUUCAAGGUAGUCAUUGACGCUGUCAAGGAAAUCGUCGACCUGGCCGCAAAGGCCCCGAAGGAGAAUCUCGUUUGUGAGGAUCUAGUGGCGCGCCUUGAUAGAGCUCGGGGUUUGGCCGAUACCACUUCCCACGUCUGGAAAGCCGUGCUGUGGAAGUUGCCACCUAGAGAUAUUUGGCAUGUAGACGAUUCGCAGGAUCCGAACAACAAUGGCGAGGGUGGACAAAACAACGAAUAG